AUGGCCUCUUUCCAUUAUAACAUCACUUCAUAUGAUUUCCAUACUUAUUUUAAACUUGAUGAUCCAGUACAAGUUCAAUAUGCAAAAGAUUUUAAAGUUUCAAUAACAAAUGAAUUUCAUAAUGAAUUAAACCAAGGUUCAAUGAGAAUUUUUAAAACUUUUAAUCAAUCAAUUGGUCCACAUCCAAAUGAUUAUGGUAUGUUUGAAAGUGAUACAAGAUCUCCUGAAACUUUUUUAAAAAUUUUAAAUUAUUAUCAAAAAAAACAUGGUAAUUUAAGUGUAUUAAUUCAUCCAAGAUCUGAUGAAAGUGAUUUAAUUGAUCAUACCAAGAAUGCUUUAUGGUUAGGUGAAAAAUUACCUUUGAAAACUGAAUUUUUGAAAGGUUUAUAA